AUGGACUCUGGUGUAAAUGACGUGAACAAACUAUUCGAGUUUAUGCAAAAAAAGGAUAACAGGUUGUGCGCUGACUGCCAAGAUGUUCCAGUGAAAUUCGCAUCCGUUACGUUUGGAGUUUCCCUUUGCUCAAGAUGCUCAGUUCCUCACCAGAGAUUGGGGGACGAUAUAAGGACGAUCGUACCGGAUAAAAUAAAGGAAUCCACAUGGGAUGACGAAGCUCUGAGAAGAUUUAUGACUCAGGGUGGUAAUGAUUCCGUGAAUGAACGUUUGGAGGCAGAACUUCCUGUUUACUACCGGAGACCGUGGCCCGGUGUGAACUGUCCUUACUUUCUGUGCGAAGCAUUUGUAAAAUCGAAAUACAUCCACGAAGAAUUUGCUAAAGGUGCUUCAGCACGUGGUGCCCAGUGCCAGUUUUCGAGCGCUAUGAAAUCUGGGAUACUCUUGAAAAAACUGCGAGAUUCAGACACAUUUUGUGAACGUUUUUUUGAGCUGUCAAGUGAACGAAAUUUUUUGCGGUACUUUUACAAACCCGGUGCAUCGUCUCCAAAGGAGUCAAUGGACUUAGAUAAACUGAAUAUCACUUUCAUUGAUACGGAGCUGUUUGGUCUUCCACCUCAUACUCUCCUGCUUCAGUGCGUUCAAGACAAUGCGACAAGGCACAUCUUCAUUCGCUCUGAAGACAGUCGUAACAUAAUCAACUGGUACAAUGCCAUACGCUCGGGAAAGUUUCAUCGAACUUGCAUGAACUUUAUGGGAAUGAGCCUCAGCUUCUCUCCAGCCGAAAUAGCAAGAGGUUUGACAAGAGAUAUUGACAUGGUAGGAUGGCUAAGCAAAACUGGUCCACGUAAAACCGAUGCAUGGAGGCGGAGAUGGUGUAUGCUUUCACAGCGACACUUCUUGUAUACACAUAAUCCGUUGAGCGCAUUUGCCAAUGGGGAGUUAUUCAUAGGUUCUCACGAAAAUGGAUUUUCUGUGGUCACGGGUACUCCAGAGCAGUGGAAGAAACACACAGGCUAUGCGUUUACCAUAAAUACGGGUACGAGACCUUUCGUGUUCUUCAGUGAUACCGAAGAAGAGAGGCAUAAGUGGAUUGAUGCAAUCGAUUCGGUACUUCAAAAGCCCCUAACUUUGGAAGAGAGCAAGCGUGCCGCCCUUGUGGCCCAAAACAUUUAG